AUGCAAAUAAAGAGUGUUCCGUCUCCAGACGCAAGAAGCCGAAAUGGAAGGGAUCAUCGCUCUGGGGGUAAUGCUAGCCCAUUCUUGUACAAGGCCCAAGCAUUGGCUCCCUGCCCUGCAGCCACUGGAACCUCGUCAAGCACUUCCAGUGGAGAGCGUGGACUGGCUGAGCUAAGCGAAGUCACAGUGCGCUCCUCGGGCCUCGCUCUCGCUCCCGCUACAGUUGACGAUAGGUCCAUUGAUUUUCCAUUCCCUUCCCUUUUGAUUGUAGCAUUACACAACACCAACACCAAAUCUCCCCUUUCACUCCAGGACAUUUUAUUCUUCUUCACAUCGCACAACAUUGCGCACGCGUCCCCUUCCAGAAACCCGACGGGGAGACCUCGACUGUCUGAGCGCCACGAAUCUGAAACUGAGUCACCUAGACACGGUCCUUGUCUUGUCUUGUAUAAACUCAACCACGCCAAGAAGCACAGUCAGAACACUGUACUAUCCAUUCAAGACACAACGGUGCCUCCGCCAUGCAGCGCUUACCCCGGUCUAGCACCCCUUCCAACGGAACCGCAUCCUCUACUGUACCAGCAAGUUUCUAUUCGCCAUCAGAUCAUAGCGCAGGUACCCCCAGACUCUUCCCCCGCAAGGGUCCAGUCUCGGGUACCGGUACUUGGCGGCCAUGAUUUGAAGAGCAAGCUCGCGUCGCCAACGACGACCCUUGUGGGACCAGGAAGCAAGAUUUUCUAG